AAUUUUCAAAAUUUACUCAUUUUACUUUUAACCCAAUACAUAAAGUGCUAUCAAACUGAAGUUAUUAAAAAAUCGUGGUAUUUAAGUGAAAAUCAACAAAUUCCAUUAAAUUAAAGUACAUCAGGUGUUCGAAAGCUGGUAAACGCCGCGCAACAACAGCAACGUUCGUCGAUUUCCAUUGUAAGCGAUGGUUCGUAAAUACAACCCAAUAAAAAACGCAAAAUCGAUUAAAAUCGCUGAAACUUUUACGCGCCAAAUAUUGCCAGAAAUGCAUUUAAAAAAGCUUUAAAUUUCAAUAACAUUUUUAAAAGCUAUUAGUGAAAAGGUGAAAGUAACAAGAAAAAGUGAAACAUUACUAUGCGAUAAUGUAUCGAUAACUUAAACGAGUUCCACUUCGUUCGCCUCAUCUCAAACACUGACUCGCAAACUAAUCAAAAAUAGGUUCUGUGUGCGCGAACUCAUAUCUCCGCGCGACCGCAACAAUGAGCAAUUCAUUGAAUGAAUCCGCGCGACAACCAGCGAAUGAGGAUACGCAAACACGACGCGAUAAACCGCAAACGCUCAGCGGCAUUGAGACCACCAAGGUGCUCAAUCUGCAGGCAACUGCCUCCGUUGUGGCAGACACAAAUUUGGCGGAAGUGCCGAGUGACACGCAAAAUGCAGAUUUGGCAGUGAAUUUGACGCGUAAUCGGGCGCGGUCGCAAACGGUCGGUAGUCGCAUUGGUAAUGAUGGCGCCGGCAACGCUGGUGGUGCAACGGAAACGCGUGACGUGCGCAAGCAUUCGUGUGACGGUGUAGUAAGCAUUGACAGUGGCAGCAGCAGUGGCAUUGGUGGCGCGGCAGGCGGUGCAUUUGGUAGUGGCAGUGGCAUCGACGAAUUGGCCAGCGCUGAUAGUGAGCGACGGCGUGAAAGCCUCAACUAUGAGGACAGCAGUCCCAGCAGUCACAGCUUCAAUAAGGCGAUUUUUGGACGCACUGCACACACAAGAACUGGUGUUGGUGGCGGUAUGACGCGCAAAUGUGUGCUUACGUUGGAUGGCUACUCCUAUGUUAUAGUGGCCAGCACACCGGAGAGUUUGCCCAAGCGUGAACGAGACGAUCUACCCACCGUCGGCAAUAUAACGUCGAUUGGCUCAACAAGUGGCAGUGUUGCAAGUGAAAAACGCUCAAAGGCAGACAGUCCCACUGGCAGCAGUUCAGCAGGAUUAAUAAGCAGCGGCACAGUAGCGGGUGGCUUAUACACAAGUGAGGAAAUAAACAGUGGCACAACAACCACAACAGCGAGUGGCACAAGCAGCACCGUUGAGAGUGUGACUAUCAAUGGUCAAAUUGGAAGGCACGGCUCUCUCACUAUUGUACGACGUUCCAAUAGCCGCAAGAGCUUCAUACAGCUUGAUGCACAGCAACAAGGCAUUCUCACAUCCCCAUCAACAGCUUCAACAACACCUAUAGGUGGUCCAACACAGCAACAAUUGCAUAUACAACAACCAUUUGCCGGCAUAGCUACCGACUUAGCUGCUCAACUGCUCAACAGCAGCGACAGGAAGAGUCAGCAAACGCCAAGCAAUUUUCCACCGGCAACAAACACAGACAAUCGCGCAAACGAUACUAGAAGAUCUAGUAACAGCGAACGACGUAUUGAAGUGGUACCGAACUUUACUGCGAAUACCACACCGAACGUUCCAGUCGUUGGAAACUCCGCACAACACCAGCGUAACAAUCUUACAGCAACGCCAGUGGGCUUGACCAGUACCGCCGCUGCAGACAGCAGCAACAGCAACAGCAAUAACGCCACCUCGGCCACUAAUAGCACAAGCAAUACAUUUAACAGCGCCGCCAUCAGCAGCCUAGCCACCGCCAACAAAAUGCAAGCACCAGCACCGGGUUCACCGAGCGCCGAAACUAAUAGUGCGGGCGUACGCGAAGGUGAAGAUAAAUGCGCGAGCCUAGAUUUGGCCACGGAAAACUUACCAGCUGUCGAUACACCGGACGCUUGCGAUAAAGCGGCAGUGAGAUUGCGCUGCUUAUUGCAUUUGUUAAAUACUGGCGAUAUUUCGAACGACGUUUUGCAACGCAACCUCCAUUAUGCGGCACGCGUUCUCGAAGCCGUCUUCCUCGACGAGUCCAAUCAGGAGGCGCGUGAGGCUGGCGAUUCGCAUAAAUGCUGCAGCGGCAGUUGUUGUAGCCAGCGCGGCCACCAACAGCAUCAGCAGCAUAGUUGUGCUGGUGGCGUUAGUGGUGAGGGUAGUGGUGCUGACAGCAAUCUGGAUAACAACAAUUUGUGCAAUAGUUGUUGUUCACGCUCUGAUGAGCAACAACAACAGCAACAACAAAGCAAUGCAUUUGACAAUCAAACCAGCAUCGACAGCCGCACCAAAGGUGUAACGUUAGCGCCGCAAACGCACAGCGGACCCACCGGACCGCCGGAUACAAUUUUGGAAGCAGAUGCCGAAGCAGAAGCAGCAGCCGAAACGGAAGCGGAAACGGAAACAGCGACGACAACAACAGCUGUCGCAGCGAAUGCCAGUCAACCAGCUGAAACAGCUGAGCACGAUAACUCCAAACCCACGGAUGCAGCAGCAGAUACGUCGACCACCAGUACAGCUAAGGUUAACUCUGCGGAGAGUAAAAGCGAUAAACAGUGUAGUGACGGCGGUAAUAGUCAGUGUGUCGGCAGCAGUAGUAGCAGUAGUAGUAAUAAAGCAACCACGCAGAGGCAAAGGCGCCUGCGCACACCGGUCUGGGCGAGGUCCAUGUCGUCGACAAAUAAAACACGCCUCGCCGACGAAGAUGACGAACUAUCCGAGGUGCAACCGGAUGCUGUGCCACCCGAGGUGCGAGAGUGGUUGGCCUCCACGUUUACGCGGCAAUCAGCGACCACACGCAGGAGAACCGAUGAAAAGCCGAAAUUCCGCACUGUCGCCCACGCCAUACGCGCCGGUAUAUUUGUGGAUCGAAUAUACCGCAGUGUCUCACGUACGGCGCUCAUGCAAUUUCCGCCAGAAGUUGUCCAAAUACUCAAGAACUUGGACGACUGGUCAUUUGAUGUGUUUGCCCUGGCGGAGGCAGCCGGUGGCCAGCCGAUCAAAUACCUCAGCUACGAUUUGCUCAACCGUUACGGCAUCAUACACAAAUUUAAGAUAGCUCCUGCCACAUUGGAAAUAUUUUUGAAUCGCGUCGAAGAGGGCUAUUGCCGCUAUCGCAAUCCAUAUCACAACAAUAUACAUGCGGCCGAUGUUACCCAAACGACGCAUUAUGUACUCUGUCAGACGGGUCUCAUGAAUUGGUUGACUGAUUUGGAAAUAUUCGCCACAUUACUUGCCGCUCUCAUACACGACUUCGAACAUACCGGCACUACCAACAACUUUCACGUUAUGUCCGGUUCCGAAAAGGCACUACUCUACAAUGAUCGCGCCGUAUUGGAGAAUCAUCAUGUGAGCGCCGCUUUUCGCUUGCUCAAGGAGGACGAUUGCAAUAUAUUGGUUAACUUGUCGCGCGAAGAGUUUCGCGAGUUUCGCACACUCAUUAUUGACAUGGUGCUGGCCACCGAUAUGUCCUUCCAUUUCCAGCAGCUAAAGAAUAUGCGAAAUUUGCUCACCUUAAAUGAGGCGUCGGUGGACAAGUCCAAGGCAAUGGCAUUGGUACUGCACUGCUGUGAUAUCUCGCAUCCGGCUAAACGUUGGAAUCUCCACCAUCGCUGGACGAUGCUGUUGUUCGAGGAAUUCUUUCGGCAGGGAGAUUUGGAGCGAGAGCUGGGUCUGCCAUUUAGUCCCAUGUGCGACCGCAACAACAUACUAUUUCCAGAGUCGCAAAUCGGUUUUAUUGAUUUUAUUGUGGAUCCCAGUUUGUCAGUUAUGUCCGAUAUGCUGGAAUAUGUAUUGACCCCUUUGGCGCCCAUGUGUAAGACGUCGAAUGCGAGUAUUGAUGCUGGUGAUGCGCCAGUAGAUGGCGCGACUGCAAGCGCUCGCAAUAAGACCGACACUGAAAGCAGUUCAACCGCGUCUUCACAACAAGAAGACAAUAAUGCCAAGGCGGCGGGUACAAAGCCCAAGUUUAGCAUACGAAAGCCAUGGCUUACCUGUCUAAAUGAUAAUAAGAAAAUCUGGAAAGAGCAAUCACUAAAAGAGGAGGCUGCUCGCAAUGAAAAAGCUCAACAAAAAGAGGGUGAAAGUGAGGAAUAAACACACGAUUGGCAGCGCAAACCUGCGUAAUAACAGUUGAUUUAAGUAAGGGCAACACCACAUAUUGGAACUGAAUAGAGACUAACAUGUGUAGAAAAGUAGACAAAACUAAUGCAAAUAAAUACAAAAAUACACAAAUACAUACAUAAUAAUUCUAUGUUUAUAUACAUAUAUGCAUAUAUAUAUAUUGCGUUUUGUUUAUAAAAUAAAACAUUGUUUUAUAGGUAUACACCGAAAUAAUGUGUGUCUAUCAUGAAUUCGAACGAUUGUUGUGUUGCGGGCAUACAAACAAUUGCAAUACAGUUAUGUUCUUUUUUAAUAUGUUUCAAUAAGUCAAAGUUAUUGUUAAGUUUAUGUUAUAAUGAAAUUUAAUUAUUAGCAGCUUUGUACAUAAAAAAUAUGAAAAUGUCUGCGGCAAUGUACUUUAUUACAAAUAAAUACAAAAACAAAUACAAAAAAGUUCAAAAAAGCGUAAUUUACAUUAAUUUAGUUUAUGAAAAAGUUUUUAUGAACACAAACAGAACUUUACACUUUUAUUGACAUAUACCGUUAAUGAACGUGGGAAAAAAAUACAGCUUGUGAAGCAAAAAGUGUUUGAACAAACUCAAUCAACUAGCAAUAAUGAUAAAUAUUCAUAAGCAUGCACACAUACAUAUACAUACAGCCCUAAAUGUAAACAGAAAUAUUAGCUGCAGUUAUUCAAUUUUAAUUAUGUGGCAAUAUAAGCAGCAUUGAACAAGCUUAAAAGUGAAUUCAGUGUGCGAAAAAUGAAGUAAUGUGAGCAAAACAAAAAUAACAACUAAAAAUAUUAUAUAUAAAACAAAGUUAAGUAAAGAGAAAAUGUAGUUGGUGACUAUAACUGUUGUAUACCACUUGUACAUAUGUAUAUAGGUAUACGCGAGAAGCAUACAAAUGUUUAGUAUUUAAAAACUGCGUAAUCAGCAGCUUAAUUAAACUUUUAGUUUAAUAAAAGUAUUGUUAGCAAUAUUUUUCCAUUUAGUUAUGACAGUACACAAAUUUAUUUUUAAGUACUUAAUAAUUGUUACAAAUAAAAUUGAACAGAAAAAUACGCAAUACGAUUUUUAAAUUACAAUUUUCUCUAGUUUUCAUAAAUUUCAAAAGUUUGUAGCAUAUUUAAAGACUUAACUUAAUUAUAUUAUUGCUAUUACAUUUUGUUGAUAAUGUAGUACGUAAAUACUCGUAAAAUAACAAAAAUUUGUUUUUUUAUUUAAUUUCUUACAAUAUUUUGAAGAAUACCAUAUAAAUAUUUCCAAACAAAAAACCAAAAACGUAAUUGAAAACACUAUAAUAUUUAUAUGUACCAAAAAUGUUUAUUACCUGAAAAGUAUAAACGCCUUGCCUAUAAUUCCUGAUUUCAAAUUUUCGAAUGCAACUCCCUGCAACUGCGUGCUUGUGUAGCCUAACUGCUGUUCUACACUACUUACAUAAUACUAGAAACUCUAGUCUACUCGUAUUUUUUACUUGUGCUACUCAAAAACGCAAACACUAUACAUAACUACGGAUAAGCUAACUUUUGUAUAUACCUACAUGAUUACGGAGUAAUACUCGUACUUAUAUACUACAAUACACAUACAAACGCAUAAGCUGCAUAUAAGAGAUGUUAUAAUCGCAUUGUUUAUAAUAAACGCAAGCAAACAGUCA